AUGGGAGAGUGGAUCGGGGGAGAAUGGAGGUGGAAGCUCAGCUGGAAUAGAGUUUUGAGGGAUAGGGAGCAGGAACAAGUGCACCGGUUAUCUGACCUUCUCAGCAACUAUUGUCUUUCAGCUGGGAAAUCGGAUGUUUGGAAGUGGAAAGCUACUUCGGACUUCACUUUCUCAGUCAAGUCGGCCUACAAGGCUAUCUGUUUGAUGGCGAAUCCCACAAACACUGGAAGGAAGGAGAAGGAGAUGUUGACUAUCUGGAAAGCCCCAGCCCCCCUUAAGGCUGUUACCACAUCAUGGAAGUUAUUCAAAGGAAGACUUCCUACAUGUGAUAAUCUUCUGAAACGACAGGUUCCAAUUCAAAACUCCGAGGCUUUGUGUGUGAGGUGUAAGUUAAAGGAAGAAACGAUCGAACACACUUUCUUUGCUUGUCAAAACUCAGAUGACAUCUGGAAAAAGAUCAUCUUUUGGCUUGGUCAGCAGUCGGUGCUGCACCGUAAGGUGAAAGAUCACUACAAUGCCUUCACAAAUCUGGGGAAAAAGGAGAAUCAGCGCUUCCUGCGUGGAGUUUGGAUUUGCACGACUUGGGUUUUGUGGAAAGAGAGAAAUGAAUGCAAAUUCAAUCAAGGCAAGUGGAAUGGAGAGAAGCUGUUUGCAGAGAUUAAAUCGAGGCUUUGGGGAUGGAAGAUGACGUACAAGAUGUCGAGUUCUACCUCGGAUUUUAGGAACUGGUUCUUGGCUGCUUUCUCGUAG